UUAGACAUGGCGGCGGGUAGUUGAAAACAUAACAUGGAAAAUAGAAAAUGGAACGGUUGUUUAUAACAUUUAACUGGUCAGUUCAUCGCAAGUGAUAGCCUGUCUGAAAGACAUAGAGAUGGCUUCAGAAGAAUCAAGACCACAUUCUGGUAACACUUCUAUGGACAGUAAGAGUUCAGGAGGUGGUCAGAAGAGUAUGUUAGAACUGUUAACAAUCACUGACGCUGCUGUAAAAGCUUUGAAUAAAUCAUCACAUUCUGCAAGUAGCCAAGGAUCAAAGAAAUCCCAUCACAGUGACCAGCUGGGUCAGUCCAUCCAUAGUGACCGGUCAGAGAGAUCUACCCGUAGUGGACAGAUUGGCACUGACAGAUCAGAAAACUCAGCUCAUGGUCAGUUGAACAGUGAUCGUUCAGUAAGGUCAGCUCAUAGUGGUCAUUUACAAAGUGACCAGUCUGGAACUAUUGGUCAUUUGGACAGUGACCGGUCUGUAAAAUCAGCACAGAGUAGGCACUCAGCAGAAUCAGGUCAUUCUGUAAGAUCACAUCAGAGCAAACAGUCUAUACGCAGUGACCGGUCCCAACACAGUGGAAGGUCUGUGGGAGACUCUAAAGUUUCUCAGCAGGUUCAAGAUACCAGUCAUGACAGUGGAGUUAUCAGUAAAACACAAACUGUCAGUGAAGAUAAAUCAAGGGGAAAAACCUUGACCUCACCAACAGAUGGCAGCUUACACGAACAAAUCUCUGAUGUUAGCACCACUGCCAGUGAUGUUCUAAUUAGAUCAACUUUAGAUAAAAGCGAGCAUAGCAUUCUUGCCGAUGGACAGAACGGAAAUAAUGGAAGUUCAAGCGGAUCUUCCAAGUGUUCAAAAACUUCCUUUGGUGUUGAAAAUUUUAAUACAGCUGGUCCGCACAAAGUGAAAAUAUCAAGAAAGCAUUUGCGAGAAAUAAAACCACCAUUUGAAGAAGGUAGUCCAAGAUCUUCAGCUUCAAGUGAUGGAAAAGUGCCGUCUGCUUUGCUUGGAGUUAAUGGCAAACAGAGCACAAGAACUGGUGUUUCUCAUAACAUAGUAACUAAAGGUAGACUCACUCAGGGAAAAGACACUGAAAAAGAGGUUGUAACCAGCUCUAAUGACUCAAAUGGAGAUAAAUUUCCAGUCGAGAGGGGUUUUCCACGUGACAUUGAUAGCAAGGAUCAGUUUAAAGUUGAAAAAGUUCGAAAAUCUGCGGAAAAGGCUUAUGAGGAUGUUAACAUGGUAACAAAAACAAAACCCAGAACUAAUGGCCAUAUACUUAAAGAUGAUAAAUUUGAUAAGAAAUCUCAGUCAAGUACGGGCAGCUCCAAAAGUGCAGAUAUAGCUACAGGUAAUGCAGCAAAUAGAAAUAACUCUGCAAAAGAUAGACAAACUUCCGAGUCAACUAUGCAGUUUAUAAGUACACCAAAAUAUUACGUUGAAAGACAUACCCCUCAGAAAUCUCAGACAAGGAUUGAGGAACCUGGUAAAAAUGCUGUUAUACCAGAAAGAAAGAAUCUGUUGCAAGAACUGGAAGAAAGCGUUGAAAUAAUAACAGCACAUGCACGAGAUACAAGUGGUAGCAGCAGUCAGCCUGAGAUUGUUACUGUACGAGAGAAAAUUGUUACUGUGUCAGCAAAGAAUUCCCUGUCACCAGCAUCAAGUGUUAGUGAUAUUGUAACAAAAACGGCUCCACCUAUAGAGAGCUAUCACAGUACAGGAUACAAACUCCGGGACGACAGAGGACCACUUGCAGAUGAACGAGGGAAGACUUUAGAUGACAGCAACAUGAUCCCCCCAGCGCUGUCAAGACAGCAAGAUGAUGACGAUAAUCUCAAGACAUCAGAAAGUAGACCUGUCCCUGCAAGGUUUCAGUGGUUCUCAAGGCAGUCGUCAGGUCAUGGCCUUCAGCAGGGUGCUCCUGUGAGCGGACAUGAGGCCCCAGACAAACCCAAGGAUGAAGAUGUACAUAUCUCAGACUUCAAACUAACAGACAAACAGAAAAUGGCAAAGGAGACAUUUGCUAGAAGACAAGGUGGACCCAUAAGACGUGUUGUUCAGCCACGCAUUGUCGGCCAUGACAGUAAGGCUAGUUCUACCUCCAGUACAGGAGAGCAAAAGUCCCAGCAGCCACAGCUAGGACAGGCCAAUGAUCAAGUUCUUACAGCAGCUGCUGCUGCUAGUGCUGCUGUUGCUGCCACACAGCCAUUCUUAAAGGCUCAACAAGAGAUGGAAUUGAAGAUGGCAGAAGUGUUAGCCAGAAUAAAUGAGCUGCAGAGUGGGCCAACACAAAAGGCAAGCAUGUCGGAGAGUGAUCAAGAGCGUGUAAGACAAUUAGAGAAGCAGAUAGCGGACAUGACUGACAAGAGAAUAGACUAUAUGGAGAGGCUGCAGGAACAACAAAUGGCAAUGCAGGCUAAAUUGCUGUCUAUGACAAGGGAAACAACUGCACGACCUUACCACCCAAGGUCAUACAGUCCAGAGUCACAUUCCACCACAGCUGCUGUUUCUAACAAGGCUUUCUCCAAGACAACAGUGACCAGGCAGCCUAAUGUAGGGGAUUAUACAAAACACAGUGCCCUUGACCUUGAGGAGUCAGCAUCCCCGUUAGAUACUCCUGCACCAAGAGCAAGAGCACCAAGACCAACGAUCUAUGAUACUUCAGAUAUAGAGUACAGGGUUGGGAGAGCAAGGUCACCAAAGGCAAGGUUACCAAAGGCAAGGUCUCCGCAACCUAGGUCAAGGUCACCAGUUAAAGAGAAAUUAGAUCGUGGAAUAUUACACCAAAUUUUGGCGUCUGCUGACUCCCCAGCAAGAGAUACCUAUGGUAGAUGUAGACCACCGGCUGAACAGACAAGAGUUACUGAGGUUUGUGAGUCGCCAAAUGUAAGAAAAGCCAAAGGUCUGAUCGAGGACUUGUCUCACAUUAAAGAACAAGUGAAAGGACUAGUAGAGGACAAAGAAAACUGGAAGUCAGCUGCAAAGGAUAGUAGCAUACAAGUACAGACAGAAACCAGUAAACCAGACAUAAGUCAGACAAGUCAUUCAGGGCCUUCACCUUUGGACAGCUAUCUGCAUUUACCUGAACAGAAUGCAAUUUCGCCAUAUAAGUCAGUACCAGACCUGUCCUUCAGUAAGAUAAACGCCCCUGUCCUGCCAGGAUUCAGAGAUGCUGAGAGUAUUUUGCGUCAAGUGCAGCAAAACCGAGGGUACUUGGAGUCGAACUUUGAAGCAGUACUGCGUGCCAGACAGGAGGUGGAGGUCUAUAGCAUGCUUGAAGCAGUCUACAAUGACAGCACUGACCAGGAGAAGGUACGCAUACAGAAAAUGGUGGACAAAUCUAUACAGAGAUUGAGGAAGGAAGUUGAGCGCGAGGUCACUGAUGAUAUGGUUAUAUCUGAGAUGAAAAAGAAAGGGGCAAGUUCAGUUCCAGGGGCUGUUAAAAUUCCUGAACCUGCACCAGCCCCAAAACAGAGCUCCAAGUUUGGCAUACGUGGCAGGCUACAGCAACCCAAAAUGGAACCCAAAGUUGAACCAAAGAAAACAGUUGGAAAGAGACCAGGAAUGGGUGGAAAAGAGAAUGUUCACAAAUUCUAUAGGCCACCUCCAAAGAGGAAGUCAGUGUUUGAGGACGAGGAAGCUAUGACAAGGAUCUAUGGAAAAGCUUCAUACCAGAAAGGACGUACCACCGUGAAAGACCCAUACCUCCACUUCCAGAAUACAGCUAAACAGAAACCAUCUAGACAGACUGUUCAGCCUGAUGUCAAAGGUACAGAAAUGAUGUCAUCCAAGACACAGACCUCAGGGGGUGGUGUAAGACAGUUCUACUUCAACCCGUCCACUGGUACAUACAUUCCUAUAGCAUCAACUGCUGCAGCGGCACCAAUACCUGGCCAGCUGAUUCCCAUGGCUGUACCUUUAGGUGGUCCAAGGAUGGAUAUUGGUCUCACUGUGCCAUCUUCCAUGACCUCUACUCCAGGUCCUAUGACCUUUAACCCCAUAUCCCAGGUUACAGCAGAGGGCAAUGUUUCUAUGGUUUCUGUGGGAAUGGAGGAGGAGGACAGGAAAAGCAGACCAGAACUGGGAAAACAGGUGUUACCAGCAGUAGACAUUGACACAGAUAUUUCAGAAAUUUCUGAAAUUAUGGAGGAAGAACCUGUACAACAGCUGAGGGCAAGGACACCCGAACCUAAACCCAAGAAACAUGUCCAGAUUGUAUCGCCCCGGGGCACACCCAACAAGACCCCAGGGAGGUCACCAGCCAAGGCUCAUUAUGAGGUGGUUUAUCAUGAGGAUCCAGAUUCAGUUGAUCAUGAGGAUAGAGAGAAAGUAGAGGAAGAAGAAAGCAUCACCAUUUCUCAUCCUGCAAUCACUAAUUCUGUCAAUAAUCAUGAAAAUCAUAAUAGUGAUGACACCAUUGUAGAUGAGGAUGCUGAUGUAGAAUCAGCAAUAGGUUUGGAGUUGCCUGGGUACCAGCCAGAGGAAGUCCCUGAAGAACAACAUAAUGGACCCGCAUUCCCUCCAAAACUUCCAUCUGCUGACAGACAGUUGACCUCUGACCUCAUAGCAGAAGAUAUUAGGAGAAGAGAUAUUCUGCAGAACAAGGCUACUGAAUGGAUAGAGCAAGAAUUGAUGGCCAGAAUCAUUACUGAGGUUUACUCCCUGAAGGACACAGAGGAACCCCACGACCUCAGUCAUGUUGUGUCUGAGACGUCAGAGGACAGUAUGGCAGAGGAGAAGGAAAAGUCCAUGUUUGUAAUGGAUACCAUUGGUCACCGUGGGAUGCAGCUGUUUAUUGAUGCCGGAUAUCCAGUAGAUAACAGCCUGGUCAACAGACUGGUUGAAGAAGUCCUGCAGGAGAAAGUUCGAACCAUGCUAGGACAGAGACCGGACUCUGAGGAUCAGACACAGGUUAGGGGACAGCCGAGGGUCCCUGAAGAUGGUCCUGAAUGGGAAGAGCCUGUUUCAGAGGAAAUGGAAGAGCCCUCUGUGCAUCAGGCUAAUGUUAGUACUCCUGAACCAACUCCAAGGGCAAGUCCUAGAUCAUCCCCACCCAGACGAGUUUCUCCAGCCCCAACCCCAGUAGCUUCACCCCCUGCAGGAACCCCAAGGAUGGUACAGGAAGUGCUCGAACCCCUAGAACCACCGCCACCGGUGGUUCAGCAACCAGUCAUACAAUAUAUAGAGCCAGAAUCUGAACCAGAGAGUUCAGCAUCCUAUGAUAUUAAGGACGAAUUGGACAGACUUGCAGAAAAGCUACAGCCAGAUGUAAACGUUGGUGCCAGUAUUCAAUCAAGACAUGAUAUAGCAGCGCCUCCAGAGUCGCCCAAACCUGAACCCGAGCCCUUACUACCAGCCAGACCUCUCACACCACCAGAACUGUCUCCUAGAUCUGUGCACGAGGAACCAUUCCUGGUAUCUCAGAUGGCUGUCCCAGCUGGAGCCAGUAUGGAUCAGACUCAUUCCAGAAUCUCAAAAACGAAAACAGAGUCACCAAAGUCAGCCACAUCACCACAGGUAACAGAGAUGGCUGAAGAAGAACUGGCUGAAGAUCAACCUAAACCUGUUGUUUUUACUGUUGCCGAGACUCAGACAGACAAGGUCGAGGAGCAGAAACCAAGAACUCGUUCUCCAUCUCCAGCCAAGACAAGGAGUCGUACACCGUCUGAGUCGAGUUACACGGAAUCUUCAUCUAUAUCUGAUACAUUUAACGAGUGUGUCUCAGAGGGUCAAUGGCUUAUCAAUAAAAGUGAUGGGGAAGUGGCUGACUUCCCAAUAGAUGAAGUUGCAGUAAGAGAAAGGAUGAUACGUAUGUCCCAGAAGAGGGUUGAUGUCAGCUCAGCUAGUACAUGGAAAGAUAUUGAUGAUGUUGACUUGGAGGAGACAGACCUGUCCCGCAGUGAGGGAGAGUUUCUUUACAAGACCGAGUUCCCGCCAGAGAAGGACCCAGUCCUAGACAUGUUGGCUCGAUUACAGAGUGCUGCCCCACAGUAUGGCAUGUAUCAGAUGUCACAUAAACAGGUAACAGAUGUCCUCAGUACAACAGGUAAGAGCGAGGGAGAGGUGAUCCGUGUUGUCCCUGCUGGCCAGCAACAGUACAUUCCUGAACGAGACAUGAGGCAUGCUGCACCUACACGUAGCAAGUCGCCUCGAACAAGGUCACCAGAGGAUGGAGCUUCAUACCAAAGAGGUGUGUCCUCACCACAGAAAGACAGGAGUUCCAAGAAGCGUUCACAGUCACCCGGUUUCAGGACUCAAUCACCCACUAGAGUUUCAUUUGAAGGUGACUUGAAUGACCAACAGAGAUCUGUUAGUCCAACCAGAGGUAUCCUGAAACGCAGCUCCUCAUUUGACAAUAAUGCUCAAGGUCAGCCAAUGAGAAGAGAGGACACAGAUGUUCCAGUGAGGGAUUCUGGGAGGUCUCACACACCAACAGGAAGGCUAACACCAGGUGGAAGGCAGCCACAAGCUAAAGGCAUGAUUGGUGCAGGAGGCAGAACAGCCCAACAAGGAAAAUCUUCCAUGCGCAGACCUCCACAAGUGAUUAAAUCGUCCACCAUGCCAGAAACCCGUGGCUCUGGUUCCCGGCUGGUCAAUGUGCGCACCAGUUCAGAGGACUACAGGGACUCUUUCGAUAACACUGGAGGUCAGGGUUAUUAUGGAAGUGACUAUGGUGCACGUAACAUGACACCAGAUCAGAUGAAUGUUGAUGCUCUCAUCCAGUCAGGAUACUUGUCUCAGAGUUUCAGCCAAUCAGAGAACGGUGUCAGAACCGGCCAGUCAUCUUUGAAAAGUUCUGGUGACUUGCGUCUCAGUCGUACAUCAGCAAGUGGGCGGUCUUUUGGUUAUUCCUACGGAACUGACGGGUCGAUUAGCAUGUCGGAACUUCAGAGACUCGCCACAGAUGGGACCGGAAAGUUACAGAUGUCACUAACGAUACCAGGAACAGAUCAAGAAGAAAGUGAGCUGUCUGAGAUAGAUAUUACAGACGGAGGAAGUAGGAGAUAGAUAUGCUUUGACUUGACUAGUAGAUUUUAAAUGUAAAAAUUCUAGAAAAGUUUGUAAUAGGUAUAUAGUGCCUUGAAUGCCUGACUAGUUACAUAUCAUCCAGUCGAAAGUGGUGUUGCAUUUGGCAGCUUUUAUGAAGACUUGUUAUUAUAAUAAUAUAAAAAUCUGAAAAUAAUAAUCCAAAUUAUUAAUUUUGAUGUUUGUGCUGACAAGGACAUAGAUCCUUAUGUUGUUGGUGCUGGUAAGUUACAUUAGAAUUUUUGGUGAAAUCUAGGAAAUUAAAUGUCGCUUUGCUGUGAAAUGACUUUAAUUAUGCUAUUGUUUUGUGUAUUUAUUUUCCUUUUUAUUCUUGUUUAAAGGGACAAUGAUACAUAAGUAAAUAAAAUGGUUAUUACUUGUGCAAAGGUCUGCAGUUAAGUUCCUAAAUGUAAAAUGUACAACACGUGACUUGUAAGGUCAAAGUUAUAGGUUCUUUUGAACUUUAUUAGUUUGAUUAAGUCAUUAUCCCACAACCCACUCACUACAGGUACUUACUUUAGUACUAUUUCAUGAGGGAGGAAAAUCUGAAGUUAUGUUAUCUUGUGAUUAAGUUUUCUUCAUUUUUGCUAGAUUUAUCUGUCUUGAAUUGUUUUUGUUAAGAGUCUUAAUAUACAGUCAGACCUGUGUGUUGGGGACCACCUGUGAACAGAAACCACCUGACUGUUAAGACCAGUAGUUUCAUAUUUGUUUUAAACAUUUACCUGUUAAUAACGACCACCUGUCAAUAAAUGGCACUUCUUGACUCUCAGACAUUGUCUUUGUUAAUAUGUUUGACUGUACAUACUUCUUCAAUAGACUGCAAGGUAUGUUGACAGUUUAUCAACAAGCUAUUAUCGUCGGCUAUUAUGGUCUGUAUUUUGUUACUAAAGUUGUGUCAAACAUUUCUGUUAUAUAUUUGAACUUUAGUUGAUUUUGUCCUUUAUGCUAUGAUGUUACAGUACUUCCUUUUUUUGUACAUGUAUCUUCUUCCAUUACUCGGAUAAAACAUUCAGUGCUUAUUUUAAUUCCUUCUUAAUUCAGGACUAGUGUUUAACACUUUUUAUACUUAAGAAAUAAUUUAUAGGAAAAGAGUGCUUUAACCCUAUUUAUGCACGAUGGGCGGUUAUACGUCGGGCGUAAUAAUUUCACGAGGGCGCAGCCCAAGUGAAAUUAUUUGUAUGACGUAUUACCGCCCGAGUGUAUACAUAGUGUUAAAAUACGGUUUUGGUAUAAAUUAUUUCGAUUGAAUAUGCCCUUAAUCUAAAACAGUAAAUAAAAUAUAGAAGCGCUCUUUCUUGGUCGCAACAAAAACAUUGACGUCACUGCAUGCUAAUGUGACGUCAUUCUAGCGUAAGAGUGUUUUAACAGAGAAAGCAUAUUAGAAUUGAAAAUAGAGCACUUGUAUCUUUAGCCUUUCAAAUGAUAUAGAAUAUCUAUGAAUAUUUGCAGUUAUAAUGUUGCGUGUAUUUAAAAGAUUUUGUACAUGUAAUAUUUGAUAAAUUGUAUAUGCUUUCCACUUUUGAACAAUGUAGCUUUAUUUGCCUAAACAGUCUGUGAUAAAUGUUAUGUAAUGUACUUAAAAACUUUUGCCAGAUUAUUGUAACAUGGCAAAUAUAUGUUCUGUAAUCUCUAGGUAUUUAUUUUAUAUUUAAUUUUGAAAGAGUGAAGUUGCAUUGGUAGUUAUAUAUUAUCAUAUUCUUGUAGAAUGGAAUAAAGUGAACAUAGGAAGAAAA